AUGAAUGUCGAUCAAGAUGGAAGUCGUAACGAAACUUCUCAGGGAAAUCAAUCAACACAGGAUAGACGAAAAUUAUUGAAACGAACAAGGAGCUUGGCGGUAAUAUCGGAGGACGAAUCUCGUCAGGAACGUGAAACCCAACAUUUCCAAUUGGGAGAAUCGAGCUUCGAUUUACCCAGAAGGCAUCAAUUGAUACCAAGGGCCAAAUUGAUUGAUCGCAAUUCUCUUAAAGAUAGACUUUACAAAAGUCAGCAACAUUUGUCAGAUUCUUAUGACAGAUUUAAUGAGGUAAAAUCUGGCUAUUCACGAUCAGCUUGUGGACUGCACUCAAUUCAACCAAUUCUAUCUUCUUUACCUAAUCCAUUGGCAUACGCGGCGCGAACUACAAAUCGUUCUGAUCCAGAUCGACUCAAUAUUCUUGACUGGCCAGAACCACCGAGACGUUAUCGAAGUGUACAGACAUUGGAUACGGUUAGCGGAUUGGUGGAUAUUAUCGAGGAUAAUUGGCCUAUCGAAGGCAAUCGUAGUAUCGAUUGUAUCUAUACUCAGGUUAAGCGCAAGCGCAAAGAACAUCGUAGUUUGGAUAGCAUCCUUUUCGAGGACGAGAGUGAAUUGGAAUAUUUCGACGUACUAAAUCUUUUACCAUUGUCGAAUGUAAGAUUGGAAUUUGACGAAGAAGAUGCAAGGAACAAUAAUUAUCCUCAGAGGGAAGAAGAAAGAAGAAUAAGAAGGAUAAGAAAGGAUAACGAUGUCUCAUGUUCCCAACGAGUUUACAAACAUCAAGAAGAAGUAUUAUCUUCGAAUAUCGAUGAGAAGUUGAACGUUAAAAGUAGAAACGUGACGGACGAAGAGAAAUGUAAAUGUCACGGUACUGAUACAACUAAAACAGAAAUUGUUUCGAUCGACAACAGCGAGGAAGACAAAGACGACGAAUACGGACAGCCACAUAAAAACGAAAACGAAAACGAAAACGAAGACGAAGACAAGGAAGAAGACAAGGAAGAAGACGAAAAAGAGGAAGAACUUGUAGCAACGAGAAGAAGUUCUUUGGUUAACUUUUUAAAAAUACAUGACCGAAAUACGAGUAGUGGUGAAAAUAGUCCGGAAUCUUUACAGAAUUUAGAAAACUUAGAAAGAAGUUUGGAGAUUUCAACGUCGAUCGAAAAUACAAGCAAAGAAGAAGAAAGAUCUUCGUAUUCGUCUUUGAGAAUCGAUCAAGACGAUAGUUAUAGAGCACGUGUAGUUUUGGUCACGCCAAUCGGUAAAAAUAAGAUCAAUUGGGGUUCUAUUGAAAACGAAGAGGAGGAGAAACAAGGGGAGAAAGGAGUUGAGGAGAAUUCGACAACAAUUUGGAUUUCGGAUAACGACAAACAAGAAGAGAUGUCGCGUAGACCUCAGGUUCUUAAAGUAGUUGACAACAAUGUGACUAAAAGAUCUCAUCGUCGUUCAGUCGAAAUAGAUAUUCAUGUUGAAGAUGUGUCGAAGUGUGAAAUUGUACGAGACGUUAGAAAUGAAUCUAACGAUUCGAAAGAUUUCAUAUUGAAAUCCGAACGAAUGAAAGAUGUCGUCGAUGGAAAUUCUACUAUUCAUGAUGUUGUUUCUCGAGAAGAGAAAACGGAAGCAUCUGUUAAGAACGUGAAGAACAUGUUUGAGAAUGAAAUCUCUCGAGAGAAAGCUGCUGGAAAGACUAAACAGAUCGAAAGUAGAUUCGAGAGAAUUGUCAAGGAAACUUCGAACAUAUUUGGCAAGGCAUGCAACGUUGUGAAGGGUAGUUUAGGUUUCGAAGCUCGUUCUGAAAGUUCGGAUCUUGGCUUGGGUUCUGAAAUCGAAACUGAUACUAGAAGAAGAUCCGUCGAUGAUAAUGAUCACGAUAGAGAUUGUACUAAAAUGAUUCAUAACAUUAUAGACGAGAACGAUACUAAGAAAAAUUAUAAUAAUUUAACGAGAUCUAAAAGUUGUGCGGAUUCGAUCGAAUCGCAAAAUGAUGCACCAGAAUUCGAUCACGUCCGUUAUAAGAUCGUUAAAUCAAAUGUUUUUAGUAAAAAUAUGUAUAGCACUGGGAGAGGUAAUGUCACAUACGACGGUCUCAUGCAAUAUCUUCGAGAAUAUUCAUUUCAGGAACUUCUUCUGGAUAACAAUGUUGUUAUCAUCGAACCUGUGCGCGCAGAACAAAUCGAAAGAAAAUCUUUAUCUGCCAGUGACAAAAGAAGACCAGAAACCAAUUGUAAGGUAUCAAAUACGCUUCAAAAAACAGAUGAUUCAGAUCAAGAAUCGAGAAAGAGUAAUGAAAAAUAUGAUAACGGUAAUUGUAAAAUCAGCAAACAAUCAUCGAUUCGAAAACAUUUCUUUUAUCAUCCUAUCAGAGUUAAUCGCGAAUUGAUUGAUGAGGAAUUACCUGAUCCUGACACCGUGAGAAACGUAAGACGAAUGUUCGAGGAUACUUUAAAGAAGAAAAAUUCAUCUUCAAAUUUAGAUAUGGAUAAAGAUUGUAAAAAUACAAAGAGCGUUAGCAUGAAGGAUCUCACAAGUAUCGAUUCGGAUUCUCGUUACGAAGAAGUAUUGGAAAAGAAUGAAGAAAUAUCAAGAUCCAGAUGUUCAAGCAGAGCAAAAGAUUUGACAAAAAUGUUCGAGAGCAUGGAAAAAUCGACUUCAACAAUUGUUUCGAUAACCGGAAACAAAGAAGAAUCGGAAAGUCCACGAAGCGAAUCUAAAACAAGAAUAUUAGCGCAAUCCUUCGAAGCUAGAAGUGGACAUACAUCACCGUGCGAUUCUAAUUCUUCGAAAACCAAAGUUACUCGUUAUCAACAUCAUCAUCAUCAUCAUAACUGGGAUGCCGGUAGUGUUAGUUCUGGAGUUUCCAGUGAUUAUCCAGACACCGAUCCUGGUAGCGGAGUACAGUGCACGUCUUCGGAAGACGAGGAUUGCCAUUAUGAUGAUGAUGGUCUCGAUGAAAGUGGACCGGGUCAUUACGUGUCCCAAGAUGUUUUGAAGAAAAUUCGUGAAUGUGGUACUUCAGUAACUUAUUAUGGUGGUAAAGUUGUUAACACUUGCAAUGGACCACUCAUUUCACCAUUAAUCGAAAACAGGUUCAAGAGAAUUGAUCGAACCAAGAACGAUUACGUUAAAUUUAAGCUCAUAAAAAGUAACUCUUGCGACAGUCGACUUGAAUUAACUGGAAGAUUAGUUGAAAGACAAGCUAAAGUAACUAAUCGAAACGAAAUAGUACCUGAUUUAAGACAAUACACUAUAAUUGAAACUCCAAGUAUCGAGAUUACGACCAUCGACAAUAAAGAUCAAAAUGAUGAAAAAGAUAAAGAGAAAAUUCCAACGGAAACUAAAAGAGAACCACCUGUCGUUAUUGGAUUGGAACCAAAAAAGGAUGAGCAAAAAGAAAGUAAAGCAUUCAAGGCCGAUUUCAAACUAGGAAAUUACGAGGAUAAUAAAUCAACUUUUCACGCUAGAUUCAAUGAAAGUGCUUUGACAAGGUGGCAAGUUAACGAAAAUCAUUGGAAGAAUGAAAGUGAUUUUGGAAAAAUGGAGUUUGAAGAGUUCGAGGUACUAGAGGAUAGUCUUAAUGGAAUAGAAAAUCAAAGUCAACGUUUGGAAGCUUCUUGAGAAAUUUCCUGAAAAUAUAUUUUUACCUAGAGAAAUAUUUUCAUCGAAAAAGCGUAUAAUAUAUGUCUAUGUAUAUAUGAUUAAAAUGAAAAUGAUAUUUUUUUUCGAAUGCUGUGUAUAAAAAGCAAUAUGUAAAUUUAUGGUAUGUAUACUUCAAAUUUUCGUCUUGUAUCUAUAAUGUAUAGUAAUAGUUCUCAACCUAUGAACCGCGUUUCAUUAAUGGGAUCGUAAAAUGAAAGUUAUUAACUAUCAUCGAAGUGAGUAAAGUAAUAAUUCAUUUGUAAAAGAUUUUCAAGUACAGUUGUAUUUUUCAAGUAAUUUACAGUAACUCUAGCCUACUAUAUUCCUAUAAAAUUUGAUAUAAGCUUUGAGAUAGCAGUAUCAUUACAAAUAAAUUCAUGGAUAGUAUGGUAAAAAAGGGAUUGAAAAAGGUUCAAAUUAAUGUACAGUACGUAUUUAAGAUUCUAUAUCGAUAUCGUUAAUGAAUGAUGAAAGCUGAAUACAUUUUCAUGGCUAACCAGAAAUAUAGAAAUUUACGAGGAUGCUAAUGUUCAAUCGAAAAUUUCAGCCGUAUAGAACAAACUUUCGUCGAUGUGACGACCAUCGAUUAAAAUAUUUAUUACGACGAUUAACGACAUUUUAGGCCCCAACCAUUUCCUCGUUACAUUCAAAAACUUUGAUCUUUAGUUUUAUCUUAGUUUAAGUCUAGUGCUAGUCUUUCGGUGAUCACUGUAAUAAAACUCAUAUCUGUAGCGUGACCAAUGGUAUUAAAUUAUCGAAUUUAUUUUAUUCGAUGUUAAAAUAUGAA